AUGAUACCUGGCCGGCGAAACAAUAGAGCCAGGCCCAAAGAAAAGGUGCAAGAGACAGAACUAGCAUCAGGAAGGUUUCAGCGCGUCGUCUGCCCAGGCCGGCGGUGGUCCAAGCACGCAUCGGACGGGGGCCGUUUUGACAGGGCUCGGCAUCCUUGCAACCAUGUCUCGUCCAAUGAUGGCGCGGAAGACCAGGCCGAACUCCUGGCCAUCGCCGUUUUCACGACAUCUGGUAUCCAUAAAAAUACACAUGUCGGGGGCCUGUCAUGCCCAGGGCCCGUGAUGUUGCAUCAUGUCGCUUGCAGCCGGUCAGAAACUCGAGUCCCUGUUGACAGUUCUUUUCCUCCACGACGGCCAGACAUUGACUUUUUUAGUUUUACCGGAGCUGGGCUCCAUUUGUGCGACAACGAACCCCGACGAGAAAUUCAGCGAUCGGGAAUGAUGGAGAGGGAUAUGGAAAAGGGUGAAUUUGAUCCAGCGCGGCCAGAAGAGAGCCAUGCUGCACCGGAGAAGGCCCCGAGGAGGAUGUCGUUCGCGAGACCGCCACCACCGCCCCCAAAAGACGAGUCCGCACGACCGAUGACAAGUUCGACGAAGCGCCUGUCCUUCUCGACGACAAUGAGUCAGCGGAAGAUCAAGUACGGGACCGGAAGACACUCGCAAACAGAACUGAGUCCUCAGCCAAACGAUGACCCAGAGGAUCCGUUGAACUGGCCGCAAUGGAAAAAAGAACUCAAUUUCGUCGCUCUACUAAUGACUAUGGGCCUGAUCGGAGGGAUGAAGACGGCAUACAUGAGCGUCAAUAGUGUUCUCGCCGUCAGAUUUAAUGUCUCUUAUACAGCAGUGGUAUCCUUGACUGCCGUACCACUCGUCCUAUCUGCCUUCACAGGUCUCAUCAGUCUGGCAGUGUCUAAAAUAUGGGGUAAAAGGCCGGUCUAUUUGAUCUCGGUGGUGUUGAUCUUCAUCGGCGCGAUCUGGAACAUGCGUGCGGGCAACAGCUUUGGGCAGUGCAUGGGAGCGCGCGUCUUCCAGGGCCUCGGCUGGGGUGCCUUUGAUACACUUGUUCUCGGUUCAAUACAGGACACGUACUUUGAACAUGAACGUAGCGCUCGCAUCACGAUGUAUUACGUUCUUUCAAUUUCAACGACCUGGGGUGCUCCUCUGUUCGGAGGUCUAGCUUCGUUCAACGCGGGCCGCUUCACCAUUCAAUUCGACAUCAUCAAUGCCUUUCAGAUCAUUGCCAUACCGCUGAUCCUAUUCGGGGCUCCCGAAACGGCUUACGAUCGAUGGUCUAGUAGCAGCGUCGCCCAAACCCCUGCCUCCGGGGUGUCGUGGAUGUCGAAGCCUCCAAAGCCGCUCGGAAAGCCUUCCGUCGAGGAAGUCAAGGCUUACCUGCGUACCAUGAAGCCUGUAUCUUUCUCCGGUAUGACGGAUGUCCGGAUGCUUCUCCAGGCCCCGCGCGCUUUCGUCGCGCCCACGACCCUGCUGCUCUUCGUCAUCACCUUCAUUCCGUACUGUGCGCUGUGGAGCUUGACGGAAUCCCUGUCGCUUCUCUUCUUCCCCAUGCCAUGGAUGCUCCGAGAGAACAGCAUCGGGUCGCUCAUGGCAGCGCCCUUUAUUUUCUCGAUACUCACCGCUACCGGCCUUGCUGUUUAUCAAAAACGACAUGUUGGAUACUCCCCCUACCGCACCUUUUGCACCUUGGCCGGAGGAACGGUCCUCGCGGCUACUGGCAUUCUUGCGUUUGGGCUCAAGACACACGCCGUCAUGUCCGAGGUGGCUGAUGAGGAUCCCGCCAGCGUCUUCAAGUUGGAUGGCGUCGGCGCACAUCUCUCCUUCCCUCUUCUGUCUUUCUUACUGGGUUUCUUGGCGGCAGGUGUGACGGUUGUCGACACCGCCAUCCGUCCCAUCAUAUGGCGCUCGACGCAGUUCACCUCGUCUAAUAUGAACGUGUGCCUGCGGAACGUGGCCGAUAUGAAUGCCGGCGUGACGUGCUGGAGGAACCUGUUCGCUGGCAUAUUUGUCAUGACGAUUCCUAAUGCCAUUGUCAUGUGGGCUGGCUUGAAGUCAACCGUCAUCGGCCUCGGCGUCGCCCAGAUCUUGGUCGCGGUCGCGGUCUGUUGCGCGUGGUGGUUGUACGACGAGCAGGUGAGGAGAAUGGACGGGCACGUCAUGGGUCUGGUUGAUUUGAGUAUGUUGAAGAGGACUGGGAGCUUCUUUGAUACGGAUUGA